CAUUGUCAUUUGAAAUUUGUUGGUCCAUCGAAAUGGCGGAUCAAGGGUCCAUGGAUGAGUUCCUAUCGAAAGAAAUAGACCAAAACAAAGUAACAGCGUUAGUAGGAUCUUUGGAAUCACAGUUAGCCUCUUCUACAAAUAAAGAUUCACUCAAGACAGUGCCAGGGUCUACUUUUAAUAAUAAUCAUAUCUCUGGGAAUGCAUCUAUUGUUAAUGCUCCCAUCACUAGCACACCAAGUGUGACAGUGAGGCCACAGCAAACUGUUGUGAGCGUGCCAGGCCUAGGUUUACAAUCCCAGGCAGUAGCUUCUAGUAAAAUUUUACCCCAGAAUGCUGCAAUAAUUAACUCAAUUAGUAAUUCACAAAUUAUAGGCAUUUCCUCCAUCAUAAAUGCCAAUUCCCAAAACAGAACAAGCUCGAACUCAACCACACCACUUCCAAAUUCAUCUAUUUCUAACACUCCUCUCUCUUCAGCAACUAAAUUUUUAAACAGCUCUCCUUCUAUACGUAUAGUUACAAAUAAUACAAAACCUCAAAAUUCUAUUUUGCAUACCUCUCCUGUUCAGGUGUCAAAGCAACAAUUCAUAAACAGUGCAAUAUCUCAAAGUGUUACAACAGUUAGACCUCAGCCAGUCACAACUGCAAGGGUAAAUAUAAGUGCUUCAGGUGCCUCUACUGCUAUGCAUAAUUUAGCCACAAUUGCUGCUGAACAAAAGCCAUUGACAGUUUUACCGAAUGGUAGUACACAUUUACAAAAUGUUCAACACAAAGAUGGAUCUGUGAUAACGCAACAAAUUAUUAUGAAGAACGAGGCAAACCACACAGUAGUAAAACGAGAGCUCAGUCCUCUUGUAAAAAGUGAUAUUCCGAUGUCUAAUUCUGUGAUACAAGGACUGCAGCAAAAUAUGCGUCAAUCCACACCUAUCAUUACUGCUGGAGCUCAACAGUUAAUAAAAGGAUUAUCUCAAGGUAAUAAUCCAGCUCUCGUUGCAUUAAGGACACCUCACUCACAGCAGCACGUGGUUGUCAGGGCCACUGUUGCAACAACGUUAGCAAACUCUUCGCCUUCAGUUCAGGUGGUCAAUGCAUCUGCAGCUAGUACACCAUCCACAUUAAGGCCAAACAUAGCUCCACAAAUGAGGCCUGUGAGGAUUACAAAUCCUGUUCGAUUAGGAACACAGUCUAACAUAGCUCCAAGGCAGCAGAAUCCUCCGGGCACUAUAACAAUCCCUCAUGGUGCUCUGCUUGUGCGUAACGAAAGUGGCCAGUUGGUGUUGGUUUCUGCAUCCCAGACAGUGCUUCACCAAACACCAAGUAGUAAUAGUGUCAUCACCACAGUAGCUCCUAGUGGAUACAGGAUACAAAACGUGCGGCCUCUAACAUCACAAGCUCAAGUUCGUAGUUCAAAUAGUGGGCAAUCGAUUGUUACGAUUCAGCCCCAGUCUGCAACCCAACAGCAGCAGUCGAUUCAAGUUAGAGCUCCCAAUAUUUCUACUGUGGUGCCAACAGCCACGCUUCAGCAGCGGCCUGCUACUCAACCCACAGCAGUGAUUGGUCCCAAUGUGUCCACCAUCACAACGGGGACUACUGCUGGAGAAAUGAAUAAAGCAAUGCUUGAAAAUGUAAAAAAGUGUAAAAACUUCUUGUCGACUCUCAUCAAAUUGGCAGCCAACCAGCCUGACCAAACUGUAAAAAAUGUCCGGGCUCUGAUUCAAGGUCUCAUUGAUGGCAAAGUUGAACCCGAAGCCUUUACGGAGCGAUUGCAGCAUGAACUUCAGUCAUCACCUCAACCCUACCUUGUCCCAUUUCUCAAGAAAAGCCUUCCUCUGUUGCGAACGUCAAUGUUGUUGGGUCGUAUGACAAUUGACGGAGUGAACCCUCCUCCCCCUGAAGUUGCAGGUCAUGGCCAUCUCAUAUCUGUCUCUCAGCCUGUCAGCACAACACAGCAAGUGGUAACUGCUACAGGAACUCUCACGCAGAGACCUGUGAUAGGACCUAGACCCACUGUGCCCUCUAUUCAGCAACCGAAUUUGCGUCCCACUCUUGGGCCGGCUAGCAGUAAAGUAGCUCCCAUUCGACAGUCAGCGCCUCAAGUAACCAUAGCACCUGGGGGAAACAAAAUCAUGGUGAAUGCACCAACGCUGCCCAUGCGGCCCCAAGUAACACAGAACUUUAUAAAUCAAGUGCGGCCUAAAAUAACUGUAACGCACCCAUCUUCCAGUCCUUCCAUGCCAAUUGUCCGAGCCAAUAAACCCAUUACAGCUUCCACCCUGAUGAAACCUGAACAACUGACCAGUCCAGCCCCAGGUCAAAGAGAAAAAAGAAAAUUUGAAUCUCUAAAGGAUGGAGACGAUGACAUUAAUGACGUGGCAACUAUGGGUGGAGUCAAUCUGUCGGAGGAAUCCAAGAAUAUAUUGGCCACAACAAAUGUUGAUUUUAUAGGAGCUCAAACGAGGUCAUGUAAAGAUGAGAUUCUUCUGUCAUCAUCACCACUGUUUAGGAAGAUUAAUUCAAUAGCUCAGAAAUAUAACAUUGACGACAUCAGUCCUGAUGUAGUCAAAAUUGUUUCACAUGCCACUCAGGAAAGACUACGGGAUGUAGUAUCAAAGCUGUCUGUUAUAGCUGAACACAGGGUGGAAAUAUACAAAAUGGAUUCCAGGUAUGAAGUGGAGUCUGAAAAUAAACAGAAACUAAAGUUUCUUGAAGAACUGGAUAAAUUAGAAAAGAAACGCCAUGAAGAGCAAGAAAGAGAGAAACUGCUGAGAGCAAUGAAGAGUCGCUCCAAGAAUGAAGAUCCAGAACAGCUGAAACUAAAACAGAAGGCUAAAGAGCUCCAACUGGCGGAAGCCGAGGAACUCCGGCAGAGAGAAGCUAAUUUAACAGCUCUAGCGGCUAUAGGACCUCGAAAGAAAAGAAAGCUUGAAUUUUCAGAUUCAACCAGACCAGAGUCCACGUCUGCCAGUAAUUCCUUCAAUACCAAUACCUCCAACUCUUUAAGUAUUCUGAGACCAAGAACAAAGCGUGUCAAUCUCAGAGAUGUUCAGUUUCUGUUGGAAACGGAACGCACGACCAGAAAAUCUGAUCUUCUUUACAAAACAUUCCUAAAAUGAGAAGGCAUUUGUCAACGAUGUCGUUAGUUACGUUAUUUUCUCUGAUUCUUGUUGAAUAGUGAAAACUGUUGCAGCACUCUUUAGUAAUGCGCUUCAUUCUCCUGAGGCCAUUGUGACCUGUCCCCAAUGCAGGAAAUAAAACAGACAUUUUGUAGAUCCUCUACAAGCUGCUCUGGCGGAAUCUUAUACAUGGACCUGGUUGGUCUACGAGAUAAAAGAAGGUGUGUUAGAACUAGCUGGACAAAGCUCGCUGCUGGUGAUGCUGUGCCAGUGCAGAAGGCCGAAUAGGACUGUGGGACUUAAGAAGAUUAUUCUGACAUGAGAUUGUGCGCGAUGUGGCGAUAACUCUUACUUAAAGUUAAAUUCUAUACUGUUUUUUGAAGCAGUUUAUUGUAUUUCAAUAAACAAUUUAAACACAUUGUAAAAUGGACAACAGAGUGUUGUGAAACACUAAACAAAUAUUUUCCUUGUGUCAGGGAGUGGAACCAGUGACAUUCUCAUUAAGCAGAAUGCUAAACUCUUGAAAAUAACUGGACCAAUUAUUGUGGCCUUUUUUUUAUAAAUAUUCUGGGAAACUUUGGAAGUGGACUAAAUUACACAUAAGGACAGACAUGGUUGGUGUUACAAGAUUCAUUGUGAUUUUUUUUUUUGUUUCAUUCAAAGUUGCUGUUUUUAUAUAUGUAUAUAUAUAGACUCUUGUGUCUCCAGAUUGAUUUUUGUUUAUUUUGUUGAUCUGAGUGUCAGUGUAGCUGUUGGGUAGUUGUUGAACUUAAAACACAUUCCUUGGAGACAUGAAGAAAAACACUAUUGUUUUGUUUAGAAAACAUUGCACUAAAUAGAAAGUCAAUUGAAACAACUUUCAUCCUGAAAAGAUUCAAACCUGAGAAGCAUUGUUCAAAUCUCCAAACAUUUUCUUAUUUAUGCUAUAUAUUUAUUGUCAUAGUUACGACUCAGUAAGCAGUGGUCACUAAAGUGUUUGCACAAAGGCUGCUGUUGUUAGCCUCCCUUUUUAGUUGUCGAGUGCCGAUGGUUCAUCUUGUAGGGCGAGUCAUGAGAUGGAAGCCUAGUGGAAGCUAGUGAAAGCAAAACGAAGCAAAAAUGUUAACACAGAAUUGACUUAUAAAGCAAUGCAACUGUAUAUUGAACUAAUACAUUGUACUGAAGAUUUGAUGGUAACAAAAAAAUGUCUUGAUUUGUGUUAUAUCUCUUUGCUCUUGAUCAGUUUGGUUUAGGCUUUAUUUUGAUCACAUUUAUCAUUUAGAGUACUGGCCAGAGAAUAUCCACAUUUUUAAACUUGAAAGUAGUCAGUUGGCUACAGGAAUGAUUUGUUUCGUCUCCUGUGUUUUAAAAAAAUAAAUAGUAAAUAUUGGCCAUGCUGUGUCCUUGGAAUCAUGGCAUCUCCAAGUUUUGUUUGUGUGUGUACGCUGUUUGCUAAACUGUUCAAAACACAUUUAUUUCGAGCGACGGUAAUAAUGUUUUAAAAAUAAUAUUUGCAUUAUUUAUUUGUUAACUAUUUCCCAGGUUUCAUAGUUAAGAGAACAGGUUCACUAACUAUGCACAUAUCAUUCAGUGUGUGAGUCCCUGGGGGGGUUUGGAUCAAUAGAAUAUUGUCAGCAAUUUUUAGCUUUCAUUUUAUAGCUGUUUUCUAAACUCUGGAUCAGUUAACAGCUAAAGCACAGAAGGCAGCUUAAUAUAUAUUGACACCUGUGGCACAUGCAGUACCAGUGAAGAAUGAUGUGAGCCAGUAUUUAUUCUUGUUUUGUUUUUUUUUCUCUGUAGAUUUGUAAGAAAGAUAAAAGAGGAAGUGUGUUCUCAGAAUUCUGUGCCUUGAAAAGUGGAGGUCUUGUUUCUUUCAUGCUGUGCCAUUUGUAGGCCAAAUGGAGUUUUGAGUCGCUGAUGUUACUGUCAAAUGACAAACAAAUAUUCUGAUUGUCGUUUGCUUACUUUUGAUACUAAUAUAAAUAAGGAAUGUUGUUUCUUACUUGAUGAUUGACUAAUGAUUUAACUGUAUACAAAUUGACUUUGUUGGUGUAUUAUUUUGUUUGGAAUAGUUUCAGUUUGUGGUGUUUAUGUGAUAUUCUUUCAUGAAAUCUUUUCCAGACGCAGUUAAAGAGUUGUCUCUCUUCUCAACCCAAUUCAACAGGGGCAAUAACAUCAUGAAAUGUAACAUAAAAUGUCUGCAUGAGUGAUGUCUAAAUAUUAUCUCCUCUCAUUCACUCCCAUUACUAGUUCCAAAGUAUUUACCUUGAAUGUUACUGGAUACUAUCGAGGGAAGUGACUUUUUGAGUAUUAUUGAAAGUUCAAGGUCAUCAAUGAGUUAAACCUGUACUUGUUAUAUAUCAUACUAUUAUUUAUCAUGCAAAUCUAAAACUCCUAGAAAAUCUUGACUCCUGUCCACUGAAUGGCUUAUUUAAACUCUAUAUCAAGUUGGCUGUUAUAUGAGAUUUUGUCCUAUUUUCAAAAGCUGGUAGAUAGAUUCACCCUUAGUUUUACUUCUCUGAAUUGUUGUCAAUGUCAUCAGAAUUGUAGAUAAUUUAUUAUGAAGGAGACAAUGUUUGCAUGCACUUAAGGAAUAUAGAAUUUGCAUGUUGUAUUCCAGUAUAUAGGUUGCCUGGUUGCAACAUCAACAAUGUGCUAUUCUUGUUUUUAUCUACUGAAGUUUAGUUGACGAGUAGUUGUAUGUACAUUGGAUGUGGGUCUGUUUCAGGUAGGAGCAGUGAACUCAUAGGGCACUGGAAAGGGUUUCUGCCUGUCUUAGUGAGCAUGAAUGGCAGUCCACUGGAAACCAAUUUUACCCUACCCUCCAUAGAUAAUUCAUUCUUUAAUUCAUAAUUUUUUUAAAUUGUUAGUGGCAAUUCAUUGUUUCCAUAGAAAUAUUUUAAAAAAUGGUUGAAAGGCCUUUUCAGCUAGUAACUAAAUGACAGAGAACAGCCGAAAAAUACCUUAGAAACAAAUUUAUUGCUUAUGAAAUAAUUGUAUGAGAUAUCAGGGCUUUUGGCAGUCAGGCGUUAACAUUUGAAGUGUGAUUUAUUUCUGCUUUGUGGACAAAGCGAUACAUUGAUCUUUGGUAGACAUGAAGUAAUAGACACAACUAGUACUGGUACUUUACCGAUAUUCGUGAAGUCAUUUGAUUUGUGGAUAGUGGAAUAAAUUUUAUGUGAAUCUUCAGUGGCAUGAAUUGUGAUGUGUGCUGCAAUGAUUUUCUAUUCAUCCACUUGGUGCAUAUCCCUGUAUUAAACUGUAAGAGUUUCUAAUGGAGUGUAAUUGUUCAUCCUUAAGUUCUAUUGCAUCCUUACUGCUUACUUAGUAACAUGAUAUGAUUGUUUCAAACUGUACAUAAGACAUUGAUGAACAGAAAUAAUAAUAUAAUAGAGUUAUUUUGAACUAUUAUAAGUUGUACAUUGUUUUGUGUAAAUAACUUCAUCUUUUCACAACCUAAGCACAUAUUAAAAUAGCAUUCUCUA